UUGAUAAUUUCGGCUUGUGCGGAAUUCAUGUACCUGCACACCUUUGGGGCUGCAAGAGUCUACUGUAAGAAAAAUGUAUAAAAUCGAGCUAUCAUGCCCUAGGAGCAGUAUAUUGAGCCAAUCCGAGACCGUUGAGGAUGCGACGGUUUGAAGGAUAAUUGUUUUCAGUUUGCCAAAUUCAUCGUCUGGACUGGACUUUAUUUCAGCAGAGACCCAGGCCCUCGGUUAUGCUCAUAGACUCUGUCAUACACUAUCUCAAUUCAUUCUGAUUGAUCGUUUUUUCUGGAAUAGGCAUAGCUGGCUCAACUCAACUCUUGGACCCAGAGAUCCAGCGAUUGGCUGGAACUGGGAUGGCGGCCGGCCAGAAACUUGUGGUUUUCUCCGUUGGUAGAAAUAGACGAUGUUUGACUAGUCUGGACUCAAGACUGGUCAGAAAUCUAACUCAAUGUCUUUUCUUGGUUCGAUUCGACAUAUUUCCGCCCAAGUUAGACAACCACUAGGCCUUCAAAAGUGCCCUUGAACCGUGGUGAACUAGUGAACGAUUUUUCUGCACUUUGCCUAGAAAAACAAAUGAAGCUAGUAGUAACAGGUGCCUUACUAGUAGUAACAAGAAGCUAGUAGAAACAAGUGCAUCGCUACUAGUAACAAGUGCCUUACUAGUAGUAACAAGAAGCUAGUAGAAACAAGUGCCACGCUAAUGAAGCUGAUAUGAUUUCUUCAGAGGCAACACGCCACUUGGGGCACUUUUGCCCUGAUGGAGUGUGCUCGGCAAGAGCGGCAUCUCCCCCGGGGUAUUCUCGGAUUGUGAGAAGUCGAGGCCCAAUCCGAAGCCUUCAUCCUCGAUUGCUGACAGUAACAAGGGCAUCGCUACUAGUAAUAAAGGGCAUCACUACUAGUAGCAUUCUUACUACUAGGAGCAAGAAGCUUCAUUGUGUUGAUCUCUCUCUCUCUCUCUGCCACUCUGCUAUGUUGUAGUUGGAUGUUGGAAUCAUUGAAGAACUGAAAGUGAUAGUGAGAGCAGUCGAACUAGAAAGCUUUGGCUUGUGACAAAGAGACCUGUGCCGGGCAAAAGACCACGAUGCUCAACUCAGUGCGGCAGGAUGAGAGCCACGUGGCAGAGGUUGCUAGUCACUUUCCCUGUUGGCAUGGGUCACGCCGGGGUUUCCGAUGCUAGCGAAGCAGAGAGACUUCAAUGGGAACUUUUGCAGACUUGAAGACUUUGUGUGACUCUCUUUGUUUCCUUUUUUUGCUUGGCUGCAUGCACACAGACAAGGAUGCACAACAGAGGGAGAAAGAUAGUGUAGUGGCUCAAGUUGUACACACCGAAAUCAGGAAGCUUGAGACUUGAGACACACAUACACAACACUCCGUACAUUUUGUUGCAGGUUGCUGAUGAUACCGCACUCAACAGAGCCGUCCCUUUAGAUAUUGUCAUGGAAGCAUUCUUUCUACAGCUGGGGGGCUUCCACAGCGUCAGUAUCCAUAUCGCUCGUUCUAUAGCCAACAAAUGUGCGCUUUUGGCGAUGCCAUCUCCUGCUCCCGUGCCAGGGAAGUUGCUCGAUGUCUUCCUGUUUCCGGCGCCCACGCCGAGCUACACCAGCGAAAGCUUUCCAGGCGAGUUGGUGUGGAUCCCACGCAGAAUACAACCAGGAUGGGAGGCGGCGGAGGCGGCGGAGGCAGAGAUGGUACCACUGCAUGUCAAGCUCCGCUUCCUGGAUCGCAGACGGUACCGUGCCUGCUCAACGUAUACGAGUCCUCGCGGUAUCUCGUCAUCUACUUUCAUAGCAACGCAGAGGACCUUGGUCUUUGCCGAUGGUUCUGCCGCUUCAUGUACGAACAGUUUCAGGUUCACGUCCUUGCAGUAGAAUAUCCUGGCUACGGUGUUUGCCCUGGCCGACCUACACCAGAGGGUGUGAUUGCCAAUGCGCAUGCCGCCCUACAGUUCGUACACAAGACCUUGAAGCUGCCCUUAGAUCGUAUUUUGGUCUUUGGUCGCAGCCUUGGCACUGGCCCGGCUGUGAACUUGGCAUCCAGGUUCACGCUGGCCGGCUUGGUCUUGGUGACGCCCUUCAUGAGCGUCAAAGAGGUCCUGAGGAGCCGAAUUGGGAGCCUCGCAGAUCUGCUCAAGGAUGACUUCUUUGAGAACCAUGUGGCCAUUCGAGAGGUGAACUCGCCUACGUUGGUCAUUCAUGGCAAGUUGGACGAUAUCAUUCCUGUGGCCCAUGGAGAAGCGAUCUACCAGGAGUGUAUGGCUCGCAAAGGUUUGGUGUGUCCACCAGAGCUGUCUCACAACUCCAAUAUCACACUAGAUCUGUCCAUCUUUGUGAUGCCCAUGCUGCAAUUCUUCAGUCUUCCGGAAUGUUGCUUUGACGAACUGGAGGUCCCUGACUGGAUUUUUGACACAUCACACGAACCACUCUUCGGCAAGCUCAAGGCCAGUGAGAGCGUGGAGGCAGAUGAUCUCAUCAUGCAGAUGACGAAGACGCAUACAACUCCAACAACUCCUCCGUUGGCCGUGGGAAGCUCAAGGUUAGACAUCGUUUCCAUCCCACCAAGGGCUACAAUUUCCGAGGUCUAAACUCGACUUUGGUUUCUCAGGAGUCUUCCAUUUGGCAGUUCUUGUCUGCAAAGCCAGCAUCAGAGUUGCGAGAAGACCUUGAUAUGUCGGUUCAUUCGGUGGAGAUACGAAAUGGGCGUGAGGACUCGAAAGUUACCAGAGUUUAACGCUCCUUUCAAAA